UUUCCACAACCAUUUUCUUAUCUUCUUGUCUCUCUUUCUUCUCACUUCCUUGACUCUGCGAUACAGAGGAAGAACAAAAGGGAAAGAAAAAUGGCCUUGCACUUGCAGGCAUUCACAACCAACCUUCACACUGCUAAGUCCCCACCUUCAUUAGCCCCCACUAGCAAUGCUGGCCUUCGACCACUGUUUAACCCUUUUGCUUUGAAGUCAUCAUCAUCUUUCUUCUAUGGUUCCCUUAACCUCUUACUUCAUCCUAAUCAACACCAUCUUACUUGUGGAGCUCCCAGGAUUUCCAUGCGUGUGGCUUCCAAGCAAGCCUAUAUAUGUCGUGAUUGCGGGUAUAUUUACAAUGAGAGGACCCCCUUUGAGAAAUUGCCUGAUAAAUUCUUCUGUCCUGUCUGUGGUGCUCCAAAAGGAAGGUUUAAGUCAUAUGCUCCAGCUGUCACAAAAAACGCAAAUGAUAAAGAUGUUAGAAAGGCACGAAAAGCCGAAAUCCAAAGAGAUGAAACAAUUGGGAAGGCACUUCCUAUUGGAGUUGCCGUGGGAAUUGCAGUGCUUGCGGGAUUAUACUUCUAUCUGAACAACAAAUUUUAGCUGCAUGAUUGGUUGCAUUACCCUUUACGUCAGAAAAAUGGACCUCUAAUCUAUUGCUGUUCUUUUGUUUAUUUAGUUCAACUUUUGCACGGUUCCAUUUAGUUCCUUGUGUUCAAUUUCCACUCAAGCUUGUACCCAAAAAAAAAAAAAAGUUA